AUGAGGAGACAGGAAAACCAGCCUUCGAGGCCAACAGCAGGCUGCCUCUCGGUGCCGCUCUUUAACCAGAAGAAAAGAAGCAGAGUUCCUUUGACGUCUGCUCCGUCUGACAAUGAAUUCUUUUCCCACAGUGAAUACAUGGAAAGCACCAGCGCAGCUACAUCUCUCAGCACACCAGGUACUUAUGGGUGCUACCAGGCCUCAGGCCCGUCUUCCGGUGCUUCACAAAGCCACCAGUGGAACAGACAGAGUGUCCCACAGUCUGCUCAGCCACAGCAGUAUGACAGCAGCAGACCUGCUCCCGGACCUGCCCCCACAAAAAAAGCCUAUGCACCCACGCCACACCCAUACAAAGUUGGAAGCACAAACUCUAAGACGGGACAGCCCAGUUACCCAGUCAGACAACAGGUUUCCAGCUCCAGUGUUACUUCCAGACAGAACAAAUAUCAAGCUCCUUCCAACAGUGAGAGUUCACAAAGCGAGCUAACACCCCGUACUGGGUCCUCUCAGAUGGGUCAGCAGUUACCUUACAGACCGCCCAAUCCCACACAUCACUAUCCCCAGCAGUCUAGACCUCUGCCUCCUCCUGUCCCACCUCCCAGCAGGCCCACUGCUCGUGCAGUACAGCCACUAAACAAUUCCUGGAAAUUUACUGACAGCUUUGGGCCACAGACAUCGCCCUCUUUGGGCAAAAGGAGCUCAAAUCAACCUCAGAGUGCACGACCAGCUCAAACUCAGCAGGAAACAUUUCCAGUGAAGCCAGCCAUUGAUAACUCACUGAGGAUCCUGACUGCAGUUAUUGGUGGCAUGAGACACUGGAGCCAGUUUAAAGACAAAGUCCCCUACUUAUUUGAGAUAUUUGCUACUCUAGACUCUGCGGUUACACUGGGUCGCCAUGGAGCCAAGACCUUCCUCAUGAGAGACGGGAAGGAGGCUGUGCAGUGUGUCUUCUAUGAAAAUGAGCAAGAGCUGCCCCGUCUCAUCCGUGGUCAAGUUCAUCGCUGUGUGGGUAACUAUGACCGCAGCAGAGAUAUCCUCACGUGUGUGUCCGUCAGGCCUGGCCUGCCCUCAGAGAUGAGGAAUGCCCACGAGGCUGUCAAAGCAUCCGAUGCAGAAAUGAGGGCGCUGGUCAAAUCAGUCAGUGAGGUCUGA